AUGAGAGAGGGUCUGUCUGUGCUGCAGCAGCAGCAGCUGCAGCAGCUGAUUGAGGAGGAGGAGCAGCUGCUGCAGCUAGAGAAGCAAAAGAUGGCGAUCCUCGCGGAGCUUGAAGACGACUCCAGCACAUACUGCAGCAGCAGCAGCAGCAGCAGCAGCUACAGCAGCAGCAGCAGCAGCAGCAGCUACAGCAGCAGCAGCAGCAGCAGCAGCAGCAGCAGCAGCAGCAGCAGCAGCAGCAACCUCAUGAGUUCGAAGACAGGCGGAGCAGCAUAUGAUGACCUUCAUAUUGUCUUUACAGCCAACAGCGCCCAAGCGGCACCCGCCCUAGCAGCAGCUGCACUGCAGCAGCUGCAGCAGCAGCAGCAGCAGCAGCAGCAGCAGCAAGUGUAUGGAGUGCAGCAUUUGACGCUGUCUGCUGCUGCCUUCUUCAGUCUGUCGGUGGCUCUGCAGCGGACGGAGGCGCAGCGCCAGCAGCAGCAGCAGCAGCAGCAGCAGCAGCAGGAGCAGCAGGGAGGGGGAGACGUUGCUGCUGCGCUGCAGCGUGUGUCUAGAUUAUAG